UUAGUGCAUGCUCACACUCAUACCAACAAACAGCAGCUGGACUACUUCACAAACUUCUGACACACACACAAAAAAAACCCCACAUCAUGAGGUUUAAACUCCUGGCUUACGGAGUCCUGCUGGUGGCUUUGACGGCUACAGGAAGUGAUGCACAGCUGGAUGUUUGUGGAACUGCUCCUCUCAACACACACAUCAGUACGAAGAUUGUGGGGGGUACGAACGCCGUGGCGGGGGCGUGGCCAUGGCAGGUCAGUCUGCAAGACAGUGGCUCCCAUUUCUGUGGAGGUUCCCUGAUCAACAACCAGUGGGUCCUGACUGCUGCUCACUGCUUUACCAGCAGCACCCCUGCAAUUCUGCGUGUCUACCUUGGAGCUGACAGCCUGCAAGGCACAAAUCCUAAUGCAGUGUCCCGGUCAGUGUCCCAGAUCAUCGUUCACCCAAACUACAAUUCAGACACCAACGACAACGACGUCACCCUGCUGAAACUUUCCACAGCUGUGACUUUCACCAACUACAUCAGACCUGUGUGUCUGGCAGCAGAGGGCAGCAUCUUCGAAGGGGGACAGGCCAGCUGGGUCACUGGAUGGGGGGCCAUCAGUUCUGGUGUUUUGCUUCCUAGCCCUAAAACGCUCCAGGAGGUGGAGAUUCCCAUUGUGACCAACACUCAGUGCAACGCUGCUUAUAAGUCAAUCACAAGCAACAUGAUAUGUUCUGGUUUGACUCAGGGAGGAAAGGACUCCUGUCAGGGAGACUCCGGCGGCCCAAUGGUGAGUUUAAAUGACACCAGGUGGGUUCAGUCUGGAGUGGUGAGCUUUGGGAAAGGCUGUGCUGAGGCAGGCUUUCCAGGAGUCUACGCCCGAGUGUCCCAGUACCAGCCCUGGAUCUACAGCCACAUCAGCAGCAACCAGCCAGGAUCAAUCAAAUUUGGGACUUCUAUCACUUUAGGAAGUGUAACAACUUCAGAGACCACAGGAGGAGGACAGAUCAUCUCUGUCUCAUUCCCUCUGCUGCUGUCCAUCCCACCUGUCCUCUUCUCUCUCUUCGUCCUCUCAUGAUAACUUUAAUGAAGACUGAGUUCACCAGAAAGUAAAAAAAACAAACAAACAAACAAAAAAACAGCUUUGAAUUAAAAUCUGUAAAAAUGGCCAAUAUGUAUUUUUAGAUUAAUUUCUCCCACAAAAAAUUGAAUGAAUAAUUUUUUUGUAGGUGGAAUUUGGUGGUGUAUGGCUUUCUUUGACAGUAAGAUUGACAAAUUGAUAACAGUUAAUGUUCUGUAUAUCAAUUAAUUAAUUAAAUUUCUGUUUCCAGUUCAAAUAAUAAUGAAUCAUAAUUAAAUCAUAUAAUCAGUAGAAAUUUCACUUUCAAGAUUGACUGUCCAUAUACGGAGACCUGUCAGGGACAAAAUAAAAAAAAGAACACAGUUCAAUAAAAAGAUUCACAUUAUGAAAUGCACUAAAAUGAAAGAUGAUUGAUAAUAUAUUAUAUAUAUAUAUACAUUAUAUACAUUAUUUUUUUUACAUAAGAAAAUUCAUAUCAACACAGUUGUUGUAUUUAUCCCCGACAAUAAUAAAAAAUAAAAUUAAAUAAAAGAUAAAAAAUUAUGAUUUAAAACAUAUUUUAAAAUAAUUUAGAUUUGAAAUAAUUUAUUGAUUUUGGGUUUAAGUGUAAAUAAAAACAAUCCGCUUGUUUUUCAUUACUUAUAACAAAAUCUAAAACAAAAACUAAAAUCAGGCUGUUUCUAUAAUUAUGAUUUGAAGUUAAUGUUUUAAAUAAAUUAAACUAGGAAAAGACCCAUAGACAAAACUUAAUUUUUAUAUUUAAUUUGUCGGAUUUCUGUGACCCGGAAGUUGCUGUUUUCUGUUUUGUGUGAUGUCCUAGUGACAAUAUAAAAUUGUAUGGGUUCAGUGGCUCCCAAACAUUUUGGGCCACGACCUCAAGUAAUUUAUAUUGGUGUCCAACAGAUUUUUCGGAUUUCUCCAUCGCGUUCUGGACACAAUCAGCCGUUAUGUAGAUUGUAGAUAAAAUUACUUCUUCUUCUCCUUCUUGUUUUUUUCUUGAUGAUGCAGCAAUUUGGUGCAUUACUACCACCAUCUGGUGGCCCAGAAUGUCAGAUGUCAGACUGACUGGUUAAUUGUAUGAUAUAUCAGAUGGGUCAUCCCGACACCAUCCCAUAAAUAUAAGGCUAGAAAACUCUCAGAACCUUCUUAAAUAAGGAGGAUAAAAUAGCUUUCGGUGGAUUUGGUUUACUGCUGUGACAAUGAACCAAAAUCAGCUUCUCUUGCCGAGAUAAUGCUAAAUUUCCAUUUUUAAUAUGGCAUGAAUAAGAACUUUGUUUAUUCAUUAUAUUAAAAUUCCCAAAUAUAUUAUAUAUAUAUAUAUAUAUAUAUAUAUAUAUAUAUAUAUAUUUUUUUUUUACAAUGAGGGAUCCCUGGUUUGAGAAAGGCAGUAGUAGCUAAAUAGCUGCCCAGCUCCUUCUAAAACAAAUGCCGCUUUUGUGUGGAUGUUGGUACCUCAGGGAGGUGGUGGGAUGCACCAUGACUAACAUCCUGAUGCAACAGCAGCCACUACCCCAAAAUCCAAGUACCAUUGAUAUGCUGACUGCAGUACAUGGAGACCAGCUCAUAGAACAUCAGCUACAGUUAAUUAAUGACUUUGCCUUUAAUAAUUGAUCAUGAUUAUGAUCAUAACAAAACACAGAUAAUUGUUUGAGAAAAAUAAAGUCAACAGUGCAAUUUAGCUAAACAAAAGUAAAACCAACUGCUGGUUGGCUCUCAUUCACAUUCUUUUCCUUUUUGCACCCUCUGCAAGAAAAAUAUGGAUCUCAUCACGCUGCUAUCAAACGGCAGUGACAGUAGUCUUGGUAUUGAUACUGCUGAUAUUUGGAUCGAUUCACCCAGCCCUAGGUGACAGUGCUGAGAAUCUACAGAACCUCCAGGGUCAUGGAAAUUUAACAUAAUAAUAUUAAAAUCCAUUUCUGUCUGUGGAUCAUUUUUCUAGUUUAAUUUCUCCUGAUAUUAACUUUAAAUCAAAAGUACAAAAUAACUCUAUUUUUAGAUUUCUUUUCAGAUUCAUUAAAGAAUAAUGAAUAACAAGCUGAUUGUUUAUAUUUUGAUUUUUAUUUUGAAUCCAAUACUAAAUUAAUGAAUGAUAUACGGACCAUGACUGAAUUUAAUGCUGAUAUAUCACCAUAAUAAUAAAUGUAAACUUUAAUAAGGUAGGAUUAUUCAUGGAACCAGGAAUAAAACCUUUUUAGAAUUUAGAUUUUGUGAAAAAAUUUAGAAUUAGUUGACACAUUAAUGACUAAAAGCUUUUCUUAGAGGUAAUUUUUUAUUGGUGUUGAAUUUAAAAAGAAAAUAAUGAGACAGAACAAUGGAUUUAAAAAAGUAUUUUUUUUAUGUGUGUUUUUAUAAUAGAGUUUUACACAGGAUUAUCAUUUAUAGAAAAAUUAACCAUAACUAUAAAUAUAUUUAUAAAAACGUAGCUGUCUUAUUAUUAGGGCACUGUCGGGACUCCGUACUGAAAUUUGACCUGAAACUGAUCAAACAACAAGUGUUAAUAAAUUAGCUUUUUCUGACAGCCUCAUUUAGCUGAAAAACCUUAAGAAGAGCUGUGUUCUGUACAUCUGAAGUUUCUGUGUUUAAGAAGAGAAAUAUUAACAUUUGCACUGUGUUUUAUAAACUUGUGAACCUGACGAACAUGUGAUGCAGCAUUAUUGACCUUUACUGGAUUUUAUUACCUCUUUAAUCUGUUUUAUAUUACUUAACUUUAACUUUUAAUACUUUUAGUACAUCUGAGUGUCUGUAACUGUGAUUAACUAUUUAAACAUGUAAAGGAAUCAAAUUAUCUUUUAAAUUAUUAUAUUUUUGAUAAAUUCUCUGGAAUAAUAAGAUAAGCAUUUUCACUUGGCUGUGUUUUGUUUGUCUGAUGGUUGAUCAGUAAACAGUGAUGUAGAAUGGGAAGUGUUUUCUGACCUGUUGACAAUAUGAAGUUAAAUAAAGUCUACUUUCAUAACA